AUGACCCUUCAAGAAGCAAUCAAUGCCGCCCGUGCCGCUCUCAGUGCCGUGAUCACUCUCGUCACUCCUGUUACCAACAGACCUGAGCCGAUAAUAUCCAUCAAAGAAGAAAAAAAGAAGGACUUGCUAGUUCGUUUUGAAGCUCUCCAGAUUGGUGCUCACUGGCCUCGCUUCAGACUAGGGACGCUGGCCUUCAUGCAGAUUAGCGGUGUACAAAAAGAGGUUGCCUGA